AUAGGUUAGGCUUGGUAAUAGAAAACACGUACCUAAUACAAAAAUGAAUCAAUCAAAUUGUCUAAAAUAUAAAUCGUUUAAUGAAACAUUCAAGUUUUGCUCUUUCGCGCUCGCUUUAGGCCUAAUAUAUCCGAAUCGAAAAAAUGUGUGUCUAAGAUCAACCAUUUUCUUCUUUGUACUGCUGUUUAAUUUUGGUACUUUGUUUUGGUUCAUAUGGUACACUGUCAAAUGUUUAUGGGAACUAGACAUUUAUAACUCGACGAGGAAUAUCACGGUUGGAGUUAUCAUCCUGCUUUUUGUUUUUAAGACCAUUUACGUAAAUUUGAAAACGGACAUGUUUGCAUCUUUGUUAGAGCAAAUAACUAAAGAUUUAUUAAAAGGAAACAACAUGGAUGAGGACUAUCAAGAGAUUUACGACUACUACAUAAAACAAGGCCUAUUUGGUCAGAAGUGUUACGUAUGGAUUCCCUUAAUUUUAACAUCAAUAUUUCCUACAUACGCUGGUAUAAGCAUGACUUACGGAAGCUUGAGAUCUGAUGAUUUCAAAAAAGUUAUGUUACACGAAAUGGAUUUGAAAUAUAUUGAAGAUAAGCAAUACGACUUUCCAUAUUUCGAAUUAGUAUUUGCAUACUAUUUUUUGGGUAUAUAUAUUCUGAUUCCAAAUUUUGCGGGAUUUGAUGGAUCCUUCUGUAUUGCGACUAGUCAUCUGCGUAUGAAAAUAAAGCUUAUGACACAUGGCGUCCAAAGAGCCUUUGCAGAUUCGAAAGACAUUUUAGAGUUGAAAGCCAGAUUAAAGACUUGUGUUAAAGAUCAUCAAGAAGCGCUCGAGUUUUAUACCUUAAUUCAGAGACUGUACGGAGGCUGGUUAUUCGCUGUAUUUCUGCUGACUUCGUUUCUGAUCUCUUGCAACCUGUAUCAGAUAUAUCUUACUGGCAUUGACCCCAGGUACACAAUGUUCGCUGCCACUGGCGUAUUUCACAUGUAUACCCCAUGCUACUUCGCUAGCUGUUUGAUUGAGUUAGGAGAACAGACAUGCACAGACAUAUAUUGUGCUAAAUGGGAGAGCUGGGCGGACCCAACCGUCACCAAGUUCCUGAUAUUCAUCAUGGCUCGAGCACAGAAGAGGCUGCUGUUAAAUGGCUUGGGCAUAGUAUUUUUCAACAUGGAAAGCUUUGUGUCGUUAAUGCAGACAUCUUAUUCUUUCUUUACAUUAAUCACUAAUAAAUAGAUACUUUGUUGAUAAAACCUACCUUACCUACCCGUAGCAAUUAUACCCGUAGUUCGAUAAUACAGAAUUUAUAUGUAGUAGCACCUGGAGAAGUCAAACCUAAAACCGGCUGAACGAAAAGUGGCAUACAAAUAGUUUCCAACCUAGAAAAAGACAGGAUAUAUUUAUCUCGGAAUUCAUUUGUAAUAUGGGUUGUAAUAUAGAAGAAAAGUACUAAAGGGAGGAGCUAGGGGGCAGUUUAACGUUAUUUGGUACAUCAUAAACACGUGCAUAAGUCUCAUAGUGAAAGUCUAACCAUUCUUCUUCAUGGAAUUUGACUAAAUCAGACAUUUGCACUUGCAAUCAGUAACAAACGCUUGCUCGUAAAAAUAUAGUUAAAGUUACGUAGUUCCAUUUUAUGACUUAAUACUCCAAUAGUUUCACUGUAGUUAAUAGAGAAUAAUAAGUUUAAUAGACAAUUCAAUAGAACAUAGGAUUUUAAUUGCAUACACUAAUAAUAAAACUGCAACGAUAGUAUUAAUACAGGUUGAUUCAGGAGACAAUGAUCAAUCCUGCGGAUUCAGUAAAUUAUAAGCAAAUAUUUCAUACCAGUAUUAGUGAGAUUAACGUUUUUAUUUCUUGUGAACAAAAAAAGUUCUAAUUUAUUUACGUCAUGCAUGGACACACUAGAAUUAUAAUGGUUUUGUCAAAUACCGAUACUCUUUGCUUUAUCCAUGACAAGUGUCAAAUUCAAUGUCAUGAGUCAGUAGGGCUAAGAUGGUUGGCUCUUUAUCAUUUGUCACCAUCGUAUAGGUAUCACUCAAGUGUGACAAUUUUUUUUCUUCAAAAACAGUGUGCUGCCAUAUUGUUUAAAGAGAUUUAAUUUUUAUUAAUUAGGUGUUGUGGUGUGACCAUGAUUUGAGAUAAGUGCAUUUGGCCUUACCAAUAAUGGUUAAAACGGGAUAUAUUUAUUUACGACCGGUUUGGCCUAGUGGGUAGUGGCCCUGCCUAUUAAGCCGAUGGUCCCGGGUCAAGUCCUGGUAAGGGCAUUUAUUUGUGUGAUAAACACAGAUAUUUGUUCCUGAGUCAUGGGUGUUUUCUAUGUAUUUAAGAGUUUAUAAAUAUCUAUAUAUAAUAUAUCGUUGUCUAAGUACCUAAAAGCCUUAAUGAGCUUUCUGUGGGACUUUCUCAAUUUGUGUAAUAAAGACUCAUAA